AUGAGCGACAACGACCAGGCUGGAGAGUCGUCCAAGGCCGCGAUCCCACCACACAAUGACGGCCCAAGCGAACGCAGCAAGUACGAGAAGAACUGGGAGCUAGACACCAAACAUGUCGAGCUCUACAAAGAGAAAGAUAAAGUGUACGUCAGAGGAGCUCGUGGGGUGGACCCCAAGCCUUACAAGAUCUACAAGGUCCUUGGCGAGGCGCAGUACAACCUCUCGCGAGACGGCAAAUGCGACGGAAAGGUGUAUAGGCAGGAGGACAUACAGACAAUACCUUGA